AUGGUUCAUGAUUUAUGGACUAAAGCAAUGCACAAAAGGUACCCGGAUUGGAUGAACGUUGCACGUGACUGGGUCGUGGCACAAGCCUAUCCUGGUGAUCAGCAAUGGGAUGGUGAGGACUUCUCACGGAUUAGAUUACACCGUUCUAUAUGGAUACCAGAUAGGUUUUGGCUUCAGAUGAUUGACUAUGUUUGGGAUACCGAGGCUUGGAAAAGGAAAUCAAGGAUCAAUAGGGCUAAUCGGAACACACAGUUUGAGGGGGUGUCGUCCAGACACACCGGGGGAUCGAUCAGUACUGCACAACAUCGAGACAGGAUGGCAAAAGUAAUGGGUCGUGAGCCGACUGCUGCUAAGUUGUUUGAGCGCACUCAUUGCACGAACCAGAAGUUCGAUCAAGGUUCGUCCGACCCACCUACCGAUCCUCCUCAGUUCAGUUACCCCAAAGCUACUAGGUAUCAUGAGCGAUUUCAAUCACUUAGGUGUGAGGCACAAUUUAGUACCGACAACCCUCCCCCUGAUGAGGCAUCUCUUUGGGAGCAAAGUGUCGGAGGACGGAGGAAAGGCCGCAUCUUUGUUUUCGGGACCACCCAGGAUUCCUCUUAUGCUAUGACGUGUAGAUGUAGCAGUAGCGAGUCAUCAUACGAGUCAAGAGCGGAGGUAGCGGAGUUGAGAGAGAAGUUGGCAAGGGUAGAAGAGGAGGCACAGUUGUGGGAGGAACGUUAUCUGGCCUAG